AUGGUGUUACCAUGGAGAUCAAGAGGAGGAGGUGGAGCAAAGAGACGUAACCAACUGACUUCCGGCGAUAUUUACGUCGUGGAGACCAAGAUUCCAGCUCAAUUCCGAUCAUCAUCAAGAACCGAGCGUAUUCGGUCACCGCGAGUGACGUUGACCACGCGUGAUGCUGUAGAGAUAUGUCGGAGACUUGAAAACGCGGUGGCGCGUGAAGAAAAUGCCCACUGUUUUGAGAUUGUGAGUAAAAUCAAGAACUUGGGAAGAGAAGGAGGAGAGACGACCAAGAAAUGUUUGGUCGAAAACGGCGUCGUUUCCGCGUUGUGCUCUUGUUUCGAAAGAUUCGCGUCUGAAGAACACGCGCGUCUGUUGGAGGAAGUAUUGUCUGUUAUCUCUUCUUGGUUGCCUCUGAACAGAACAGAGGGCUUCUCGAGGAUGGGAUCUACGGCUUCGCUUAACUGUCUCGUGAGUUUCUUAAACGCUACAGACGCGAAGACGAGACAAAACGCUGCGUUCUGUAUCAGAGAGGUUAUCUCGUUAGACAAGAAGUAUGCGUAUGCGUUAACGGAUAUCGAAGGAGCUUGUGAAGGACUAACAAAGAUCAUCAGAGACUCUGUUUCUACGAGCUCGACGAAAUCAUCUCUAAUGGCGAUUUACAGAGCGAUUUCGUGCGACAACGAGAUCGCUGCGAAAUUCCUGAGUUUGGGUUUGGUCGGACUGAUGACAGAGAUGAUUGUGAACAACGCGGAAAAGAGCGUCUGCGAGAGAUGUCUCGUCGUUAUAAACGUUAUAUGCGACAACGAGCAAGGCGGAGAAGAUGUUCUCAGAAACGCUUUGAUCGUUCCUCUUCUAGUGAAGAAGAUCUUACGUGUUUCGGAUCUCGCAACGCAAUGCUCAGUCUCGAUUCUUUGGAAGUUAUGGAAGAAGAAAGAUGGAGAUCGUUUGUUGGUUGAAGCUCUUCAAGUUGGUGCCUUUGAGAAACUUUUAGUGCUUUUACAAGUCGGCUGCGAAGAGAAGACCAAGGAGAGAGCGAGCGAGCUGUUGCGGAAUCUAAACCGUUGUAGAAACGAAAUCGAGAAGACGAAUUGCGUCGAUUCUUCAAUGCAUUUGAAUAAUGUGAAGAAAUCGUUUUAA